GAUUUAUUUUUUUCGAUGCAUAAUCUUUGAUCACUUUUAAGCCGGGCAUCAGGACAGUGAUGCUUAGGUUAGUUUUAGGGGGGCAGCAGCUGCUCUUGGCAGUGCUAUUUACUCUACCUUAUUUUCUGCUGGUCAUCUCAUCAUCACAAGCUGAUGAGGCCAGCAAACCAGAUCCUUACUCCACUUAUGUGCUGGAGGAAGUUUGUCGUGGAGUUGAUGGAGUAGUGCCUGUAUACCUGCCGGCCUGGUCUGCAGCAAUCAUCACUUUUGGACAGGCUGAAGAUGCAGACUAUUAUGGCAGAGACAGACACACCUGCACUUUGAAAGUUUCCACCGAGAAGAACUUUCAUCUUGGUGGGGUUGUGGAGAACAUUCGUAUACAAGGUACCCAGGACCAUGCCACCAAGAGAUGGGACUGCAGUGAUUAUAUUGUUUUCCGCACCAAAGGCAGAGGUCUAGUUAACCAGGUGCUGGACAUGCUGCUUCCUGAUAAACUUUUUAAAGGACGGCAGUCUGAAAAGCUUUGCGGCGAACGUGUGCUUGACACCUCAAAAAUAUUUCGGCUGGUGGACACGAGCAGUCACAGCAACGUGUUCAGCACGAUGGCCAACAGUCUAGAGUUAGUCUACCACCAGGACGAGGACAACAAGACUCCCGUCAACAACUCCUUCACUGUUGUAAUUUCCACCUUCCGCAACAUCAAUGAGCAUGAGUGCGCGGCAGAGGACCAGGUCAUGUGUAGCGGGGGAGGCAACGUGCGAGGCAAGGAGCUGUACUGCGUGCACGGCCGCUACCGCUGCGACGGUCACGUCAACUGCGCCCUGCCUGGCGGUGGUAACGACGAGCGUGGCUGUCCUGGAGAGGAGGUGGCAGGCUUGGCGCAAUACUCGGCCGUCUUCUCCUCCACCAUCAUCAUCGUCACGCUGCUGGGGGGCAUCAUCGGCGGCAUCAUCCUGCUCUUCAUCAUCUACGUUCUCGUCGCUAAAGCCCGCAAUGAUAGCAACCGCGCCUCUCCUGCUGAGUCGACGACGGCCGUGAACUUCGCGGCAUCGUCGGAGUCUGCGGACGUGGUGGCGACGAGUCACCGCAGUCGCCGGCACCGACACCGCGCCCACCGCAGCGGCCGCCGCCACGACAGCAUAACAGAGGAGCACGAGGACGACGAGCGUCACCAGCACCAGCAGGAGCGGCGCGCCCAUAACGCUAGGGGACGCACGCAUCGCACCAGGAGGGUCGAGGCUGACGUCAGGGGCUCCGGUCCCCGACGUCAGAACACCCUGCCCGGAUAUGAUGCAGUUACCCUCAAUAAUCAGCUGCAGCAACAGCAGGAUGAAAAGUCGCAGCAACAGCAGCAGCCGCUCGUUGGGGUCAAUCAGUACAAUAGCUUUAAUCGCUCCAACAGUCAGAACCUCGGUAGCCAUCUUAACCCCACAGCGCCUGACAUCCAACCUUAUCCUCCUAGCUACGAUAUCCUCUUCCCCACUGAUGGAUGAUAUAAUGUUGAUCCCAAGUGGCAGAAAUACUUCCAGAUCACGCAGAAUAGAUUUGACAUGGCCAUCUCCCUCGCCAGCUAGACUGGCUCUUCGCUACAGGCUGGGCUUCUAUAUUCUCUUAUCACCUUAAAUAAUGUAUGGUUCAUUUACUUGUAUUCAUUUGGAUUAGAUAGUACACGUUUCUUUAGACUCUUACACAUGAUAGUUUGUCUGGGUUGAGCAACAUUUUUUGCAGUUUUUGGAUUUAACUUGUCUUUGGAUAAGUUGAAUCUUACAGUCUUUGAAUUUACCUUAACUAUCCGUACUUAUUAUUUUGAACUGGAUGAGUUCUUUUAUAGUGCCAAAAAUUAUUCAUCUGCCAUAAUAGUGUUCUCUGCUUCAAUGCUUCUAUGUACAUGCUCACAACUUUCUAAGUUUCGAACAUAACAUCUAUUUUCGAUAAUUGUUUAAAUAUUUUAUUGAAAAUAUUUUUUCCAUUUCACUGGAUUUUUAGGUUCUAAAUUUUUCAUCAGUGAUGCCCUGCAGACGAAAGAAAUGGUCAAGCCUCCGCCACAUUGCCGCGUCCGCAACUUGCUAUUCUAUUCACUUAUUAUUUUAUGUAUGCUUCAAACUUUCUCACAUUUGAGUAAUUGCAUUACGUUGUGUGUGCCUGAAUGAAUUUGAAUUUGUCCUAUUUUCACCAUUGUUUCAUAGGCAAAAAUCAAAUAUUAUCUGUAAUUUGGUUUCUCUAUCAAAUUCCAAGAAAUUUUUCCGCUCUAUCAAAUUCCAGGAAAUUUUCCACUCCAUCAAAUUCCAGGAAAUUUUGCGUUAAGUAGGGAGAUGCGGACGGGCACUCGGCGGUCACUCACGUGCAUUUUACCUCAUGUUUUCCUCCUAGGCCCCUGGCAGCUCAAUGGUAGUUCUCUCAUCCCCUGGACGGGGAAGGGGAAUAUGAAGGCUUGCUGGUGUACGCUAGCCACGCACAAACUUAGUCAAUAACGAGUAUCACCAUAGCAGGUUAUUAGCGAUGAGUACUAGCAUCCCUUCUCAUGUCUUCCGCGACCAUUCUUUCGUCUGCUCAGCGCUCCCUGAAUUAUACUCAAACGAUUGUUUAUUGAACUUCAAUUGUCGGGCGCUUUGAGCAUCCACGAUAUGCCUAUUUAUUUCCAUGUAUAUUGUCUCAAAUUACAGCUCAAGCGAAAUAACGUAGUUCAUUUUUUGAGAUCUGUCAGUAGGUCUCAGCUUUUUUGGUUUUUCCUUUCUGUGGCUUGCAUCAAUUGUAUAUACUAUCUUUUCGAUGCGUUUAGUAACACGAUAGGUGAUAUCUGAAAUAUGUCUUUGGCACAACAGUAACUUAUUAUGAUUUUAUGUUACUCUAUUGCAAGGCGUACUUAUUUAUCGAUUUUUAGUAUAAAAAUUAAUUUUAUGAAGCCCUGCCUCUGAGCGAAACAGACAAUUGGCCAUCAAAUCGACUCUCAUGUGAUCCUCUCUCUUCUCUUUGCUCCUCUUUUCUUCAUAUCUGCCCACACGCUUUUCUCUCUCUCUCUCUCUUUCUCCCCUGUCGCUGUCCCUCGUGCCACCUUCGUCAGUAGCUCGUGCACCGUGCAGGUAGUUCGUCCCCAAGAUCUGCGAGUCUAGCCUGUAUCCUCGACGAGGCUCUUGUGCUGGUCUUCUGGCAUCCAUAGGCUUUUUCUUUAGGAAUUGCGCUAUUUUCAUCUUCAAGGAGAUGGUUUGCAGGUCGAAAAAAGAAAAACCAUCAACCCAAAGGUUCUCUACAUUACUAGUAGCUCUGCCAUAGUAGUAGUUAGCCAUAGUUUUUACUGUCAGAAAUUUUUUUUGAUGUUUCAACUAUGCGAUAUUAUAAAUACUUCUCCUCUCUUAAUGGGAAUGGGAUGAAAUAUGAAUGGCGUCAAGGCCGCUCGCAGUGAAUACUCCACUCCUUACAUUUCGGGCACUUUUCUAUGCCUGUUAUGAACAUGUGCUAGAAUACAUAUUAUAAUAAAAUUACUUCACAUGAUCUGUCAAUGAAAACUUGUUGAGAAGCCGAAUCAUCAAUUCUUCCACGCUGACUGGCAAAACCGCUCAUUAAUUAUAUAUUAUCAACCCUAUUUUAUUUCGGCAGUGAGUGGCCUCAGUAAUGAUGACCUGGCUGAGAAAUUUGUCUGAUUAUCAUUUAUUAAAAGUUGUUGCUGACUUGUCCUAGGGUAAUGAACUGCUCCCUUAGACUGCAACGCGGUGUCCUGCAGUUGCUAUGAACUAUGAAGCCAUGGGUGCCGGAAGAACCAAGACGCCCGCCUAAUUUAGAAACUAUGUACAAAUACCUAACGUUGUUCUGGUCUUCGCCUGAGCUGAUACCUUCGCACCACAUGCAUAGACCGUGUUAGUGACGUCAUAUCUGUAGUUAUGGUGCAAGUAUUUUCCUACCUUGUAUUGUUUACCGCGCCCGUUCUUCACUCUUACGUAGAUCUGCAUUUGGAAGCAAAUAGAUAUAACUUUUAAUUUAUAUUCUAACUGUCUUGUAAGGUUUUGUGUAGCCCGAGCAUCGUAGUGUCUGUGAGGCUCGCUUAACUCGAGACAGGUUACUAGCGGUCACUGUUGGUGCGGGUCAGUACCAUAGCAUCGGUUGAUGUCACUGAUGUUUACGGAACUGCAACAUUGCGAUUCAUUUACUGUGUUUUCCUUUUACCCAUCACGACCUUGAGCUCAAGCAGACUAUAGGACUCUAAACCCAUCUUAGCUUGCCGCUUCGGUGCUCUCUGAUUACCUUCUGGUGCUAUUCGAAGCGGGAUAACCAGUUCAUUGUCUUGCAUACCCUUGCUCUUCUUGAUUGAACGUAAAUAAUAGUUCUUUCCUUGCCUGACAACCAUCCCUACCUCCCCACACAGCCUCUGCUGCGCAUAAUUUGCAGGUUUGAAGUCGCCUCAGCUUGAGCCGAAACCUCCUCUCAACACUGAGCGCUGCUGUAGUUGGGCUUCUCAGUGUCUGCCCUUACGAUUAGCUGACUGAAGGAGCUGACAGCGAAGACCUGAUAUUUCAGACAGCUGUUCUCGCAUGCAAGAGAUAACCACGCAGCAAGAGCUACUCUAAGCCCCUCCACACAGCAGUUCACGCCCCUGCAGUAUGUUAUUGCUAUGCACACUUGCUUGAGGGUUGUAAGGUCUGGCAUCGCUGCUGCUGAGUUGCCUACCAUUUUUACCUCACCGGACGCGUUGUUAGAAAAGAUUUGUUGGCAACUGAUGAUUUUUGUGAAGUAUUCUUGGCAUCAAUACGACUCUUGCUCACUAUCGGCAGCUGCAAUCAAACGUUGGUUGUUCAGUGUCUAGUCGUACUUGAUGUGUUGCUUACGUGCUAAUAGCUUUUAUUCUAUUUAAGUUUACAAAACGUUGAAUAAUGCGAGUAUUUAUCUAUAUGCGGGCCCUGGGUAAGGUAUUGAUGACAAUAUGGAGCCCUGAAUGAUCGGCUCCACGUUCCCUGUUGUUAGCGCGAAUAGGUUAAUAAUUAAUAGUUACUGUGCUGGUUGUGCUGUGCUAAGAAAAGCUUUACGUGUGUCUACAUGUAGGUUAGAGUUGUUGCUUCUUCGUUGCAUAUAGACGCACGCGCGCGUGUGUCGGAUGGAUCUGCUACUUACAUGCCGCCUCAACAGCGGCAGUGUGUAUAAAAAGCCUGUGAAUGCACUCUGUACCUAAACUAUCUAUGAGUAGUCAGACUCCACACUUUGUGUUCACGUCCUCAAGAAUUGCCGUAAUUUAUAAAGUGAUCGUCUUUGUGUAACGUUCACCACACUACCACAUCUACACACCAUUUAAUAUGUUUGUGGUCGCCUCGACAGUUUGUGGUAAACCCCUCAUCACUACUACAACAGUUAAUGUUAUGUUCGUUGUGUGUGUUGCAAUCAAUCACAUCAUGAGCGACAUUCCACCAGAAAACUUAGUCUUCGCUAUUUCGGUCCUAGAAAGUUAUCACUCCUAGUGCUGAGGCGAGCUUGCUCAGAAUUUGUGCCAAACGCCGUGUUCAAUUUACUAUACCUAAUUAGAAGAGAACUAGCUAUAUCAAUUCAGCGCAAUGGGCUUAUAUGGGGUUACGAAUUAGUUAUGUGAUACUCAAGAUGAGUUGUCGUGCGUUAACAACCUAAUUUGUGUUGGUCACAUAACCGUCUGCCAUGGGCUGAACAGCACUUGCACCUACCGUUGCUCCGUUGACGUCAAGUUUUAUUCGUUGACACGCGACAUCCAACACCAAGCGUUGCAUAUCAACGUUAUGGUUCAAAGCUAACUUGAGCAUUGCAAUAAUAUGUGCUCAUUUGUCUGAAAAUUGGGCUUUUGUCUUGUAGGAUGUUAUAGAAACCAAUUAUUUCCAAAUCAUUACACUGUACUCCCCCUUUCCUCCUGCAUUUGUGACCUAACUAGCUUAUUUAUACGUUUAGGUGACACUAUAUUAAUGUAGCACUUGUCUUAAAUUGUACUUGAUUUGUGUAAUGUUCGCGAUUUCCUCACUUAGCGUUUAAGCGCCAUCAUUAAGUCGCAUUGUUUUUUAUUUCGAAUCUCACUAAAAAUAAAUACAUGCAAAAAUUAACCUGUAAAUUUGUUCCGUUGAAUCUCUGAAAACAAGAUUCGGUAUCGGCUGGUUUUGCUCGUAGCUGUCGAAUCUUUAAUUCUUUUAUUUGUUAAAACGGAUCUAGUUUUAUUGUUUCUUAACUCAACCUAUAAGUGAUUAUUGAGUAUGCACUUUGUUCAUAAUGUUGGAUUAAUGUCUUUUGGAGCGUUCCGUGUGAAACUAUUACCAAAAAAGGAGACAAAAUGUGUCGAGUCGAGACUGUAUUCCCUUCACUUUUUUGUUCCUAAAUAUAAUUUCUGUGAUUUGAUUCUUUUUCACUGUGAUAAACAACUUUUUAUCAUUGUUCAAAACAUAUUUACAUUUAUCUAGUUAUUAAAUUCGUAUUUUUAUUUAUGUUUACUACGUCUGUAAUUCUUUCUAAAUAUUAGAUAUGACUAUCUAAUUAAUAUCAUAUCUCUACUCGUUCAAGCGACAUUUAAUUGCAAUUGACUUGUCUUGAGUAUCGGUAGUUACUCGUUGCCUUGACUUCUUGUUUACAGCCUAAUUAACACAUGCUUUCUCACGUCGUAUGUCCUGGACGCUGUCUAUUGAUGUUCAUUUUGUCGUGAACGUGGUUCCCUGCUUUUCAUUUUGUCGUGAACGUGGUUCCCUGCUGUUCAUUUUGUCGUGAACGUGGUUCCCUGCUGUUCAUUUUGUCGUGAACGUGGUUCCCUGCUGUUCAUUUUGUCGUGAACGUUGCUCCUCGCGGUUUGCAAGACUUUGAUGCACACUUAACAUAUCAUUAUUUCAGACCUUCUUAAUAUCUCGUUUGUAAUAAUUUUGCUAGCUGAUCAGGAGGAUGUAAAUUUCCUGCGGCAAUCAAACAAGUAUCCGCGUUGUGGUCUCAUUUGAACCAUACAAAAGAUCAUAAUUCAACUCGUGCUCCGAAAACCGUUGCAGUUACUGGUAGUUGUACAUAUCCUGCCUAAAAUUUGACGAUCAACGUGCGCUCUGGGGUAACUACCUCGUAGGUUCAAGAAACGGAAACAAUUUGAGUGAAAUUAUGUUCAGAAUGAAGUUCCGAGACAUGAGGGACUUUCACGUAAACGCAUAACGAAGAGAUUAUUGUUGAUUUACUAUACCGAUUUCUAUUUAGUUAGGCUUUCUGUUAGUAUUGUGCACCAUGCAUCGUUCCCGAGAUCCUUCACAGCUUUUGUUUUCCAUGCGUGUAGACUGCCGGGGCUCCUAGUGUUCCAUAUCUGACGUUGUCUUCACAAAAUCUUUGUACUUCUUUGUAUUGUCUUGCUAAGUUUGUUCGUCAGAUGCUCGAGUCUUUAUGCCAUCUUGUCUAUUGUCUGCAUUAGUGAUGCCUGCGUCUUAGCUCCUAACCGGUUUGUUUCCUGCCGACUUGUCAUUCUGGCGCUGCUGCAAAGCGACAUGUCAGACUGCGCACUCAGAACUCCUACGACAUAGCAUUUAGGACAUCAAUGUAUGACUGAAACUUAGUCUAAUAUUAUCCAAGUAUAUCCAGACCGUAAGAAUAUAGUAAAACUUGAAUGAUUUGGCUCAUGUGUUCCUACAUUUUGCGGGUCGCUUGCACGUUCCUUUCAUAGUUUAUUGAUAAGCGAAGGUAUAGACCGUGACCCAAAGCUCUAAUUAAGGUCGGUAGGUGGAAAUAUUUAGGCAAUACCGUAGGUGCAAAUCCGUCGGCUGGAUAAUAUAACCGGCGGUAUGCAUAUAAUGGAAGAAAACUUGCAGCCCUCGAAACUACAUCAUUCCAAACAGAAUUGCUCAAAUUCCGAUUUAUGUACAGAGUCUGUAAUAUUGUCUUGAGUGAAGCAUCGCUUACGUUGGCUGAAAUCAUCGAUCAAUGCGUGUUAAUUGUUAGCCGAUUGUCAUGGAUUAAUGCGUUGAAUUGAUGGCAAUUGUGUCACAACCAUGAAUUAUGGUGCGAUCGCUCACUUCUGUUCGUUUAUUAAUCGUUUCGACCGGCUUGAGGGUCUCCACUGCCUGAUCCGUGUUUCGUAAAAUAUUCGUUAGGAAAAUAUCCGUUGUUCGAAAAAUUCGCCGUAUUAACGCUUAAAUAUUUGAGCGUUCGUUAGGGUAAGACUGGAAUAAUAUAUGUUGUGCUCAGUUCAACGGCUUCCAUCGUUUGAAGCGUUUCUCUUUCAGGCGUUGCUUAAGAUGGACGUGAAAAUUGGUUGCGCUGAUGAAGCACUUGAUUGCUGGUGAUUUCACGUCAUGAUUAUGAUUGUGUUUAAUAGUUACUUGUCUCUUGACGCAUAUAAACGAGUACUGUUUAGAGCAAUAUACGGUGUAUACCUCGAUACUUAUCCUUUGAAAUAUGUUAUGCAGUCCCCUCGUGCGUAGUGGUCGCUCUAUCUUGUAAGAUAUCAAUUUAGAUUGGCUGAGUAAUGAUUUAAGAAAUAUAUCGACGUAUGUUCGCAUCAUAUGUAUCGCUUAGUUGCUGUAUUGCGUAGACUUAGUCAUAAUAUAUUGGUUGUAUUAUUAAUGGCAUAAUAUUCUCCCACAUUCCCUGCUUUAACACUCGUGUGUUGACUAUACAGCGCGUAUUGACUGUUGUAUAUGCACCUAGCACCCUGAGUGUCCACAGCAAUUGGUGGCUUAGAUUCAAGUGCUUUAAUUUGUUCCUUGAAAAAAGGAACCUCAAUUACUCGCUUGUAUUACUACUUUAUUUACUGGCGCUUCUUUUGCGUUUGCAUUUGAAUCUGGAUUAGUUUCCUGGAGGGAAAAUUGUGACCAAGGAACUUAACUUUUCUUGCAUAAUGAUUCGACUGUUACUUAGACUUACGGUUAUGACUUAAGUUCUUCUACCAUGUAACUAGAAAAAGAAUUGCCUUUUAUGUUGUCUUGAUCCAUUAGGUUUUCCUUGACAUAUGAAAGAAAUGCUGAUUUAUACUUGCGUUGUGUGGCUCCACUUCCAUCCCAUAACCGUAAUGUGAGUUGAGGACUUGGCACAAAUGUCACUUGGUCUUGUGAUGUGGUCUUGUAUAUGAUUUAGAUUUUGGUGCCCGCAGCUGCCUGCUGUCAUUAUGCCCAUGAUUUGAACUCAAGUCGUAAUCGACACUCUUAAGCGAAGGCGGAAACAUUGUCGGUUUUUUUUCUUUCCAGUAGUUAUCCAAAUUUACAGGGACAGAGCAAUUUAGCAAUGGUCAAGAAUUAUGUUCGUUCUGGAUUAUGGUUGAAAGCUUCGAUUCAAUGAUUCCAACGACGUGCUUGGAGAUUUAGACUUGCUGCCAUUCCACGACAGAAAGAGAACAAUACUGAUUAAUUUAUCAAUUUUUUUAAAGGGGGAUUUGUUUUUAAGAGCCAUUUUCUGAUGCAUCAUAAACAUCAGCGCCUCGUUGUCUUCGUUUUUUCUUGCUUCAGUCGAACCUUAGAAUAAAACUUCAUGUUUGCUCGGUGACACUUGACUGCGUAAGUAUCCUGGACUCGUUCUGCUCGUAAAACUGUACUAGUUCAGCAUAUUUUUCCAUGAAGAACGUGGCAUUUCGUGCGAUAUUUUGAAGUUACUCAGUUUCUUGACUUGCCCGAACACAUCUUAUUUAUUGUUCAACAGUUAUCGACUGAUUUUGCCGCAGGAAAACCAUCCAUGUAAUAAGGAAACAUGGACCUCAUAAUAAUAGGAAAACAUGAACACUGUAAUAGGAAAACAUUCCUUGAUGAAUAAAGAGCUUCGGGCUGAGCUAAAACCUUUGUAUUGCUUUCGGGUAUCAGAAAAUACUCGUAGUUCACUUGAGCCUAUCUUAUUUCGCAUAUUGAAUGUUAUGAAAUUUAUUUUCAUAUAAAUUUCAGGGAAUAUUUUUGGUGUGGAAUGCAGUCUAACUUUGCUUUUACAGCUGCACUACUUGCUUAGGACACGAUUAGACGUCAGCUAUGCGCCUGCUUUGCGUGGACUCUCUAAAGUCUAAACUAUGCUUUUGUUGGGUGGCGGUUUUGUUCGCUUUUCUGCACUGUCGAAGGUAGCUUCCGAGUACUUCUAACCUGAAAUAUAACUCGUAAUAAUAUCAUUCCUGUUAACCGUAUAGGCUCAAUGAUGGCAAACACACUUUAGUCUCUAGAGGACUGGUGCUGCUACUGCUGCUCAACCUGCUCCACUGCCUUGGCUUCUCACAACUUUUAGUUCUAUUCAUUCAAGCCUAGAAUUAUUAUUUUAAUGGUGAAUUCCUGGGAAUCAUUCCUGCAUUUUCUCGUGCCGUCCGUCUUGUGGUGGUGAGUUACAUUUAUUUUACGUGUUUUUCCAUAGUUCGCAAGACCCGAACAAAUGACUAGAUUCUGACUGUGCCGAUGUUAGUUCGAUCGCUCAUUCUCAUUUCCGUGUAUUGUCAUGGUACUAAUUGGAUCGUUCUUUUUAUGCUAUUUAAAUUGAGCGCAUGGUAACAAACGGCAUUUGUGCGGUUGUGAAGGAUUAUAAUUAAAAAUACCUAAUUUUCAAUGUUAUUAAUGCCGGUCUCCAAACAAAGUUCCACAGGCAUGAUAUAGGGGUUAAUAUUUCAUUGACGUAUUCAAAACGCCCAUGAGUGUGUCGUGCCGACUAAGGCAUCUCAUCAUCACUGGUUGCUCAAAUGUGCCAAAUCUUGAGGAAUCUCGUUCAGCAAUGUUCAAUGAUCUGAUGCCUAGGCAUAGCUUCUAUUUGACUGCUAAGUUCAGAGUGAACUAUAUUCUCUAUCUGGAAAGCAAUAAGUCAUUGUCGUGAUCAAAUAUGUGCCAAGGUAUUGUAAAACUCUUCGUACGAUCACUGACAAGGCCAUCCACAUUAAUUCAAAUCGUAGCGAGUUUUACAGCGGAUUGAUAUAACUACGACUUGUCUUAGUUUAAGUUAUAAUAACGUUAUUUUCCUUCUUGAUUCCUCUUUACGAACUCCAUUGCAACAGCCAACAGGGUCUCAUCUUGAUGCAUUGCACCUAAACGCUAAGCUGGUCAUAUCAUGUUUAUUGACCCGCAUAAACUGAUCGAAUUACUCAGAGAGGAUAUAACCUUUGCGAUGCUCAGUGUAACAUUGCACAAAUGCACAUGAAUGUAAUAUAACUUCUUGAUGGCAUGCCUGUUGUUUUCGUGUUGUUGGGCUGAGCAGCAGGAGGGAAUGCAACAUAUUUUUAAGUGUGCAGAAUUGUCCCUGUAGUGAAGACAGUGUGGCGACACUCUCGCCAUCUUAGGAUUCAAAAAGUCAUGUGCUGAGCCCUUCACAGGAAGCGUUGCUGUAUAACUACAUUAUUCUUAUCUUAAGCGUAACAUUAGUAUGCCACGUGGAGGAGGUAAGCUUGUUCUAGUUAUACCACUGAAAUUCCACACCCAAACCUCUUGUUCAUUGAAUUUUUGUAAACGCGGGGAACCGCCAUGCAAAUGGAGGCAUUUCUUUGUCCACGCUUGGUUGGUCUGACACCAUGCAGUGAAUGGUAACUGGAGUGUUUAUUUUUCUUUAUUGAGGCUCUAAUCGUAGAGAUUUUAGUGUUAGCCGUUACGUUAGGCGAAUUAUGCGCAAGUCCCGAGUCAUCGUAGAGGUUAGAAGUAGUUGGUUAAGUGUUAAACUUACGCGCUGUCAUGUGUCGCAUUCGGUGUCGUGUGGCACGCUAUCCGGAGUAUAAUGCAGGCACCUAUGAUACGCUAGUUUGUAAUCGCGCACUAAAUGCACCUUGUCGCGAGUGCUCGCAAAAUAUACUCGGAUCUUGGGCACUUAAUUAAGUUGAGUUCAAAGGGAUUCACCCGUAAGUCUUGAAAACUACACUUUUAAUAUGGUUACAUGAACGCUAUUCUUUCAAAUCUGAACGUUUGAUGUCGAAGUCUAAAUUGAAGCAAGAAUUCUUAGGUUUCCAUCAAGAUUGCAACUUCUAUAUCAAGUAUAACAAUUGCACUGAUCCUAUGUUUGACUUAAGUCAACUACAUCCAGCAAGCAGUCGCUGUAUUGAUGAACAGACGUCGACCUCUCUUACAUUGUCACUCUAUUGUAGCCAUUAAUUACAACGACAUCGCCUUCAUCCUGAGACUUAAAUUUAUGCAGCAAGUUAUACCUUACAAUUACGUUCAUAUAAUUGAAUCUGUAUUCACGAAGAUUUUCGCGACUGUAUUUGUUAUGAUUAACUGGGUGUGGUAUCGUUUAUUUUUUUUCAUAAAUUUAUAUCGUGAUCUCGUUUGUUCUAUAGACGUGCAGCCUCUCACAAAAUUAUAUCACAAGUGCUAAAUUUGUCACUUUUCACUGUGCAGCAGUUAUCAAUGCAAUUUGAUUGGUUAAUUUCUUCAUAUCUAUAUCAUUUAACGCAUGGACUGGCACUUUGUUGGGUGCGCCUCGCGGCUCUAUCGCUAUCUCGGAAUAACGGCGCAUGAAUAUGGUGUUCGUUUUUAAAGGUUUGAAAUCAACGCUGAUAAUCAUCGAAGUGUUUCAAGUUAGGGUGACAAUAAUGCCCAUAUGGUAAACAUUUAGCUGCUGUGGACAUAAAGUUUCAAAAUUUAAUAGGUACGACUGCGGCAACGGUUCACUUUGAGAGUUACAUAGGACAUUGAUACUGUUGCAAUUUUGGACAAAUAUAAUGUUGACAAGGA